GUCAAACCUGGUUUCCCUUCCCAUCUCUACAAAUAUACCGUCACCGGGAGUUUUACGGAUCAGGGGCUACUUCUUCCCGCGCUGUCUCCUGGACAAAGACUCACGACACUCAGCGGCAGAAACGUUGACGCCGCGGAAAGGACGAUUAAGAGUCGCUUUGUGGGAAGACCAACUAAACCACACGCUGCCAAGAUGCAUGUGAUUAAGAGAGAUGGCCGCCAAGAGCGCGUCAUGUUCGAUAAAAUCACCUCGCGCAUCCAGAAGCUCUGCUAUGGCCUCAACCCGGACUUCGUGGACCCGGCUCAGAUCACCAUGAAGGUGAUCCAGGGCCUGUACAGUGGUGUGACCACGGUGGAGCUGGAUACGCUGGCGGCCGAGAUCGCCGCCACGCUCACCACCAAGCACCCCGACUAUGCCAUCUUGGCAGCGCGCAUCGCGGUCUCCAACCUGCACAAGGAGACCAAGAAGGUGUUCAGCGAUGUCAUGGAGGACCUUUUCAACUACGUCAACCCGCUCAAUCGCCGUCAUUCGCCUAUGAUCUCCAAGGAGACGCUGGACAUUGUCCUGGAGCACAAGGACCGCCUGAACUCGGCCAUCAUCUACGACCGCGACUUCUCCUACAAUUUCUUUGGCUUCAAGACCCUGGAGCGCUCCUAUCUGCUCAAGAUCAACGGCAAGGUGGCAGAGCGCCCGCAGCACAUGCUGAUGCGGGUGGCGGUGGGCAUCCACGGCGCGCGCGUGGAUGCCGCCAUUGAGACGUACAACCUGCUUUCAGAGAGAUGGUUCACGCACGCCUCACCCACUCUUUUCAACGCUGGCACCAACCGGCCACAGUUGUCCAGCUGCUUCCUGCUAGCCAUGAAGGACGACAGCAUCGAUGGCAUCUACGACACGCUCAAGCAGUGUGCCCUCAUCUCCAAAUCGGCAGGUGGCAUCGGCGUGGCGGUCAGCUGCAUCCGUUCCACUGGCAGCUACAUCGCCGGCACCAAUGGCAACUCCAACGGCCUGGUGCCCAUGCUGCGUGUCUACAACAACACGGCGCGCUACGUGGACCAGGGAGGCAACAAGCGGCCCGGCGCCUUCGCCAUGUACCUGGAGCCGUGGCACUUUGACAUCUUCGACUUCCUGGAGCUGAAGAAGAACACAGGCAAAGAGGAGCAGCGCGCCCGUGACCUGUUCUUCGGUCUCUGGAUCCCAGAUCUGUUCAUGAAGAGGGUAGAGAGCAACCAGGACUGGUCGCUCAUGUGUCCAAAUGAGUGCCCUGGCCUGGACGAGUGCUGGGGUGAUGAGUUUGAGGCUUUGUACACACGCUAUGAGAAGGAGGGCCGGGUCAAGCGGGUGGUGAAAGCCCAGCAGGUGUGGUACGCCAUCAUCGAGUCUCAGACAGAGACGGGCACGCCGUACAUGCUCUACAAGGAUGCAUGCAAUCGCAAGAGCAACCAGCAGAACCUGGGCACCAUCAAGUGCAGCAACCUGUGCACGGAGAUCGUCGAAUACACCAGCCAGGACGAGGUGGCCGUGUGCAACCUAGCCUCCGUGGCGCUCAACAUGUACGUCACCCCCGAGCGCACAUACGACUUCAAGAAGCUGGCGGCCGUCACCAAAGUCAUCGUCAAGAACCUCAACAGGAUCAUCGACAUCAACUACUACCCGGUGCCUGAGGCGCAGCGCUCCAACAUGCGCCACCGGCCCAUUGGCAUCGGCGUCCAGGGGCUGGCCGACGCCUUCAUUCUCAUGCGGCAGCCCUUUGAGAGCCCCGAGGCGCAACUACUCAAUAUUCAGAUCUUCGAGACUCUCUACUACGCCGCGCUGGAGGCCAGCUGCGAGCUGGCCGCUGAGCACGGCCCCUACGAGACGUACCCGGGCUCUCCUGUCAGCAAGGGGAUCCUCCAGUAUGACAUGUGGCAGCGGAUUCCCACGCCGCUGUGGGACUGGACAUUACUCAAGGAGAAGAUCGCCAAGCACGGUGUGAGAAACAGCCUGCUGCUGGCGCCCAUGCCCACCGCCUCCACUGCGCAGAUCCUUGGCAACAACGAGUCCAUUGAGGCGUACACCAGCAACAUAUACACACGCAGGGUGCUCUCCGGCGAGUUCCAGUGCGUCAACCCGCACCUACUGAAGGAUCUCACUGAGAGGGGGCUAUGGAGCGAGGACAUGAAGAACCAGCUAAUUGCUCACAAUGGAUCCGUACAGGACAUCGCAGAAAUCCCAGAUGACCUUAAGCAGCUAUACAAGACUGUGUGGGAGAUUUCCCAGAAGACAGUGCUUAACAUGGCCGCCGACCGAGGUGCCUACAUUGACCAGAGCCAGUCGCUAAACAUCCACAUCGCAGAGCCCAAUUACGGCAAACUGACCAGCAUGCACUUCUUUGGCUGGAAGCAGGGUCUGAAGACAGGCAUGUACUACCUCCGCACCAAGCCUGCCGCCAACCCCAUCCAGUUCACACUGGACAAGGAGAAGCUAAAGGAGGGGUCUACCUUGACCAACGGCACUCCGGAGAAAACCUCAGAGCAAGACUCCAAGGAACGCAACAAGGCUGCCAUGGUGUGCUCCUUGGAAAACAGAGACGAGUGCGUCAUGUGCGGCUCUUGAACAAUCCCUCCAAUCUGCUUCUAUUCAACUCCAGCAGUUUUGUUCCAACGAGAUCGGUGUUGUUCUUCAGUGUUAAUAUGCUCAUUAUGAAUGAAAUAAAUUGUUUAUAUUUACCACUGGAUGGAUCGCAGUCUCUCAAUUGCAACGUUCAUUGUUCCUCUAAGCUGGCAACAGUUAGAUUGAUACGCGAAUCAUUCAAAGGAGUGGGACUGCUCCAAUGUCAACUGCUCAGGAAAUGCAGGACAUUUAGUACAAUACUUUGAGCUCGUUGGGUGAUGUGGCACCUUUUGCACACCUACCAAACUUUUGUUUAGGGCCAGCACGGCCAUGAAUGAAAAUGUCGACACUGGCAGGCGCCUUGUUUUGACCAGCUGAGUCCUCUUACUCCGAUGAUUUGCAUGGAUGGCUUUGUGGCAUUGAGUGACAAUUGAUGUCUUUGCAAUUAUUGCAGCGGCCAUGAAUUUGCCCACCGAUGUGACCAUGUUUGGUUGUUCCCCCCCAGCCUUGGCCCUUCUUGUUUUCGGAACAGUCACAUCUUUGGCAAGAGGAGCUGACUUCACAGAAAAGGAUCAGGCAGGUUGCAAAUGAGAUUUAGCCGAUGUCUGUCACAGAGCAAUGGAAAUUCAUACAAAAAUUUGAGAAUGAAUUGUAUUUUUUUUUUAUAAAAUGAAAACAUAAUUUACACUUUCAAUGUACACUUAUUACAGCCCAGAGCAAACAGAAGAAUUAAGAUGAUCUAAUAAAACAUAGUACCCUCUUUUCA